AUGCCUAUGGCACCAAGUGGCUAUCAAUUCUAUCGCAAUGUCAUGGACUAUGGGGCUACCGGCGACGGCACGACUGACGACACAGCCGCCAUUAACCACGCCAUUGCAGAUGGCGAUCGUCGCGGCGAGUCCUGUGGCUCUACGUCCGUUCUGGGUGCCCUGGUCUACUUUCCCGUUGCUCCAGCCGGGACAUACAUCAUCAGCAUUCCGAUUGUCCAGUAUUACUACACCCAGUUUAUCGGCGGCGCGAACGAUCAGCCUACUAAAGGAUCGGCUAAUUUCACCAGGAUAGUACUGAUUGACACCGAUCCCUACAUUUCCGGGGGAGAUGGGGCCGAGUGGCACAUCAACCAGAACCAGUUCUACCGGCAGAUUCGGAAUUUCGUGCUCGACCUGACAGCCAUGAAUGCAACUAACUACGAUCAAGGACAAUGA